CAUAACGAUGGCCGCUUCAACCAGCAGUGAAGGAACAGAACUAUCUAAAGCUGAGUACCUAAAACGUUAUUUAUCUGCUGACGAAGAUGACAAGAAGUCAAAGGGGAAACUUAAAAAGAAACGUCGUAAACUUCCUGAGAAAGGACUUAAAAUAGUCGACGAUGACAUAGACUGGAAACAGAUGGUCAUAGAGGAAAAUGAGAUUGAAGAGGACGAAGAGGAAGCUCCAGUGAUUGCUGAGAUGAUUGACGAUCGACCAGAAGACGUGAAACAGUUGGAAGCCUUCAGAACUAGCAAUAGAUGGAAAGUAAUUGGAGCUGACGAAAAUGAAGACGUGGAAGACGUGGAAGACGUGGAAGGUGUGGAAGGCAGCGACCUUCAACAUCCAGAGCCUGUGGCAUCAAGCAGGAGUCGCCAUGACUCUCCAGACACAUCCCCCCCUAGGAGAAGUCGCCAUGACUCUCCAGGGGUGUCACCUCCUAGGUCAGGGAAAAGUAAAGAUGAGAAAGAUUUAUCCCCUACCAGAAGACAGCCCAUUAAAAAUCGUUCACCUAAUUCUCAACGGUCACCACUGGCAAAGAGUGCUCAGAACAGGCACGAUUCAGACGUAGACCAGUCACCUCCACGGAAAAAGCCAAUAAAGGGAGAAGCUUCAGACUCCGACCAAUCUCCUCCAAGGAGGCAGUCGAAAACAAAACAAGGCUCUGAUUCCGACCAGUCGCCACCCAGGAGGCGGCCACGAAAUGAAAAGAACCCGGAUGAAGAUCUGUCACCACCUCGUAGGCCCGGCCAGUCACAGGGUUCGAGAAUGCUUUCUGGCGGGAAGGCAGGUCUGGUUUCUGUCGAUAUUUUAAGGAGGGAGAAGGAGGAGAACCGUCGCAGAGAAAGAUACAACCAGCCACUGGAAGAUGCAUCCCGAAAUGCCCAGACGGUGUUCCGAGACAAGAGUGGUAAAAAGAGGGAUUUGGAAACUGAGAGAGAAGAAAAGAAGAGAAAAGCCGGUGAAAAAGCAGCAAAGGACGAGAAAUACGCUCAGUGGGGUAAAGGGUUGGCCCAGGGCCAGAUGCAUCAGCAGAAACUUGAGGAUGCAGUUCAUGAAGCCCAGAAGCCUCUGGCACGUCAACGCGAUGACGAGGACCUUGACCGCAUGUUGAGAGAGCAACAAAGGGAUGGAGAUCCGAUGGCUGCCAUGCUCAGACGGAAAAAGGACCGCAGUACGGCACAAGACAAACCUCGAUAUAAAGGCCCACCCCCACCACCAAACCGCUUCAAUAUUCUACCAGGCUAUCGCUGGGAUGGAGUUGACAGGUCAAAUGGUUUUGAACAGAAACGCUACUCUCGAAUGGCAGAUAAGAAGGCCGUCCAGGAGGAAGCCUAUAAAUGGAGCGUGGAGGACAUGUAAUGGCAACAAGAAACUGAUGGAUCAGGAGCGGAGUUGAAGAGCAGGACGGCUCAUCCAUAGAAUUAGGCAGAAUAUCUAAACAAUGAUGUUAAAGAAACUGCAGAUUAUACACGUCUACUCAACAAAACCCAUACUUUGAAAUAGACAGGACGAUUGUGUUCACUUUUCAAAGCUGUUUGAUACUGUACAGGGGACUUCAGACUAUAACAAAGCGGUUAAACAUAAUUGUACAUAGCAGUGAAGUGACAUCAUCUUUAUUAUUUUGUAAUAAUUGAGUCAAUGUGGAGCCAAAACCGAUGUUUUUCACUGAUUUAUUAAAUAA